UAAAAACUUGAUAAAGCGCAUCACACAAUCCUACCGAAAUGACUCUCGUCUGGGGCAUUAUUGCAUCGUUCCUGUACGUGGAAAUAUUUGUGGUGCUACUGCUCGUACUACCGCUCCGGAGCCCACAGCAAUGGCAUCGAUUUUUCAAAUCCCGCUUCCUGGCGAUGCUGAGCCGCCAAGCCCAGACCUAUUUCUAUCUGCUGCUCGCUGUAUUGGUGCUGUUCCUCCUGGAAGCGAUCCGCGAGAUGCGUAAAUACUCCUCCAACGAUCAUACGCACACCGAAACGCACCUGAAUGUGGAGAUGCAGCACAGUAUGCGAUUGUUCCGUGCCCAGCGUAACUUUUACAUUUCCGGCUUUGCCAUCUUCCUGUCGCUGGUGAUUCGUCGGCUGGUAUCACUGAUUAGCGGCCAGGCUGUUUUGCUCGCACAGGCAGAAGCUUCGAUGAAGCAGGCGCAAAGUGCUACCAGCGCCGCUCGCACACUGAUGAAUCAGCAGAAGGAUGGCGAUAAGAAAGCGGAUGCCAAGGACAAACCGGCUGGCGAUGCACCAAAUACCGAUGAGCUAAAGAAGAAGGUCGCCGAGCUUGAGCAGGAGCUGGCCAAGGAGCGCAAGGAUAAGGAGGCCAUGAAAUCACAAUCGGAAAGUCUAAACCGCGAAUACGAUCGACUAACGGAAGAGUACAGCAAACUGCAGAAGAAGAUCACCGUUUCCAGCGCAGAUAAGAGUGAUUAAGUUUUUUGGCAAAAUUUUCUUUUCAUAAUUAAUUGGCAUCUUGAAUUUUUAUACGUACGGUUUAAGGUUUUGGGCUAUUUAUGGUGUGGAGUAUUGCGUGCGUACUUGUCUUUUCUACCAAUUAUGCUCAUCAUUCAUGUAUAAAUCUAAGUGAUGUUCCAUUACACAUUGUUUGCGACAAAUUUAAAGUUCACUUUAAAAACUA